AUGCUACCAGGCCCUUCAACACUACUGCCGGCGCCGAAGCCCAUGGAUACGUCAGUCGACGCCUGGCUUGGCUGGAGAACGUGGAAGAGUGAGUUUGAACUUUUUGCCAUAGCCACACUACUGACCAGACAGCCAAGCGACGUGCAGGCCGCAACAUUUCUGGUCAGCAUAGGCGAGGAAGGCAGAAAAGCGUACAGCACUUUCAAGUUCGAGGCGGAAGAGGACAAAAAUGAUGUCCAAGUUUUGAAGAAAAAAUUUGAAGACUACUACAGGCCAGCAAAAAACUUAACUCUUCAUGAGUUCCGUUUUGGUUCAAGGAACCAGAAAGAAGGCGAGCCAUUCAAUGAAUGGUUGAUCGAGCUGAAAAUAUUGGCAAAAAAUUGCGAAUUUGAACUUCUAGAAGAACGAAUGCUACGCAGCCGUAUCGUUCUUGGCGUUAGAGACAAGCGGCUGCAGCAGAAACUGUUGGCAGAAAAUCCUUCUUACCAAAAAGCCGUGGAAAUAUGCCGUAUUGAUGAGCAAGGAAAGCAGCACUUCCAAGAGAUAAGCGCAGCAGCCGGGGAAGCACACACUACGAUAGUGAACUCAGUUGCAACUGAUAGGAAGGUGUGCAGCAUGUGCGGCUAUCAAAUGCACCGCAGCGGAAACUGCCCAGCACGAGGAAAAAACUGCCGGAAGUGUGGUGCCCCAAACCACUUUGCCCAGGUUUGCAAAUCAUUGGGUGCCACACGAAACAUGAACCGACAAGGAAGGGAGCUGCGGGAAGUACGGGCAGAGACAGACUUUGCGGAAGCAGAUUUUUUUCUUGCGGGACUCACUAUCAACUCGGUCGAAGUCGAUAGAUGGACAGCAACGGUUAACAUCGAAGGUCAACCGGUGACGUGCAAGCUGGACACGGGAGCAAACUGUUGCGUAAUCUCAAAGCAAGAGCUGGCAAGAGUGUCUGAUAAGCCCAAGAAAGCUUGCAACGUGACGUUAACAGCGUUCUUUGGUCAUCGGGUUACGGCACAAGCGAAAGUCAUACUUCCGCUCUGCGCCAACAACAACACAUGCGAAGAACAGUUUUUCGUCAUUGAUCAAGAUGUCCCAGUCACACUCAGUGGGACAGUUGCAGAACGACUGGGAUUCCUAUACCGCAUACAGAAAGUGACUAGCGGAGAACUAUACCCUGCAGCCCAACCUUUUGCGGAUACUUUCAGGGGACUCGGACAACUAAAAGAUGUCGAGUACUCAAUGAAGCUAAAACCCGGCAGCGUGGGAACCGUCGUGCCGGCUAGGAGGGUUCCUGUGGCGCUGCAAGACAGAGUAGUGGCGGAACUGCAGCGCAUGGAGGAGCAGGGCGUCAUUACAAAGACGGAGGUCCGCUACUUGGGACACAUCCUCACGACACAAGGUUUGCGCAUCGACCCAGAGCGUGUGCAAGAUAUCCUGGAAAUACCAGAGCCUAAGAACUACCGAACCACUUAG